AUGAUCGUGGACGAAAACCUCGACAUCAAAGCUGUUGUAGAUUUCGAAUUCUGGAAUGCGCUGCCUGCACAAUUCGCCCACGGCCCACUCUGGUGGCUCACUUCAUUGCGACCAGAUGAGUGGAUUGACAGUGGCUUCGAUUUUGGAGCACUAAGAUCAAGACUUGAGCCGCAUGUUGAGCAAUUCCUACCAGUGAUGGAGAAAGUGGAGAAGGAGAAAGCCACGGACGGAUCUGUGGCGUUACUGUCCGUUCCCAUGCGAGACUCAUGGAUCUCCGGCAGAUUUUGGUUCAACCUUGCGAUGGAUGACAGCUGGACUAUCGAUGCUGUCUAUUGGGCUGCGCUACAUAAGCCUGGGGACGAGGUGCUAGAUGAGGCUAUGGAGGACGAAUUAAAGGCAUUUUAUGAUAUGAAAAUGAAGCAGCUGGCAGCGUUUAACGCAGAGUGCAAAGAGCGUGGAAUCGGAGAUGCAGGUCAUGUACGGAAUUGGAUCAUGAUAGUAUGA